AUGUCUGGCUUCCCAACAGUGAACGGUAUCGAGGUCCUUCUCCAAGCGCCUGACGGCUAUGUGGUGGACUUGGCUAAUCCUCAACGGAACGGGGAACAUGGUGCCUACUGGGCUUACGGCAUUGGUACUUUCCUCGCCGUUUUGUUUCUGGCUCAGAGACUCUUCGUUAGAGUAGUCGUUGGAUCUGGCCUCCAAAUCGAUGAUGUAUUCGUGAUCCUCUCCAUGAUCUGCUCACAAGCCACACAAAUCAUCUUGAUAUACGAAUUCGCGGCAGCCAUAGAAGGAGUACAUGGAUGGGAGUUAAGCAUAACGAAGUACAAAAGAUUUCUACUGCUUUCAUGGAUUGGGCCCUGGGUUUAUGUUCUUUGUGGUAGUUUCGCGAAACUAUCCCUUCUGGUAGUCUACCUGCGACUGUCACCGGGAGGAUGGUUCAAGACAUGGUCUUGGGUAGCAGUUGGGAUGGUUGUACUCCACACCAUCGUUCUCGUUUUCCUGAUGGUAUUCUCCUGCACUCCCGUCUCUAAAAGUUGGGACAUUACAAUUCCUGCCACGGAAGGAUCUUGCAUCAAUGUCGUGGCGCUUUACUUCGCAACGGCCAUUGCGAAUAUCAUCACGGAUGUCAUGGUAAUGGUUCUGCCCAUCCCUCUGAUCAUGUGUCUUCACAUGCCCAAAUGGCAAAAGAUUGGUGUGAUAGCAUUGUUUGGUUUUGCUUCUGCCACCGUUGUAACGUCCAUAGUACGAUGUGCGGCGCUCCCGGCUCUCCUCAACAACAACGAUCAGACGUGGGCCAUUUCACAGGCAAGUCUGUGGGCAAUAAUCGAAGCAAACUUGGUGAUCAUAUGCGCGUCUAUGACAACCUUGAAAAAGUUUUUCAACUGCGUUGCGCCGGGGCUACUGCUUGGCUCUUCUGGUGCAAAAUCGUCGCAGGGACCGACCCACAAUCCUCCGACUAUAUCGAAACUUACCUCCAGACGAACCGACCGAUACGCAAAGUUUGGCGAUGACACUGAAUUAUAUCCCAUUGGUAACCAGACCGAAGUGAACGCAGGGCAAAGCGAUCGUAGCGAGACUGGUUCAUGGGACAUGAACGGGAGGAUGGAGGAUGGAAGCAGUGAAAAAGGCAUUGUACAGAAAACGGUAGUCAGAGUCAGCUAUGGGAAGACGUAG